AUGCUCGCGAGGGCGACACGACUGCCGCGCAUAUGCUUGGUAUGCCGUCUGGGCAUACUUCGCCAAGUCGCUGCUGUACCAAUUCGAUGCCCAUCAAGCACUACGGACCGACGACUAGUACGUUAUGCCUCCGAUUUCUCACCACAAAGUAAGGAGAGAAUAGAGAAGCUCAUAUCAGGAGCGCUCGACGAUAUUGAAUCGCAUUCCAAGGAUAGCGGCGUCAGAAAACCCCGACUCAAUCAAAAAAGACAGUGCCAGCACCGAGGCGAUGUUCAUAAUGAACCUGCUAAACGAGAGCUUAAGCCAGGGAAAGCCUCCGGUUUACCCGACACUGGCGAUAUAAAUGUGACCGAAAAAUUGAAUACCUCUAUUGAAAAUGCGCCGAUUCGGGAAACUUCAACCAGCGAAGAACCAUCAACACGUCCUCAGCCGAUGUCAAUGCGUGGAAGCCAGCCUUGUCUCGAGACUGAGGAGCUACGCGACGAAUUCAUGUACCGUCAUAGCCUAGGAAUGGACGCUCUGGGCAAACCUGUCGAUGCAAUUAUUAUCAAGAACCCGAACAGAAUUAGGGCUACUAAGAAGGGAACAACUCGGAGCAUGAAGGAAGCUCAGCAUGUUAAUGGGACCGUGGCCCCCUUCACUUGGCGGGACGUUAUACCCCAAAAGGAAGAGGUAGACGAAUCAGGUUUCUCGAAAAAAAUCUCUGAAAACAUUGAGGAGAUACGACCCAAAGACACCGUCAUUAUCAGAAGGAAAGAUUUCAACAAGUUGGUUGAUUACCUGGUUGAUGGAUUCACUGCAUCACAGCUUAAAACAUACCUAGACCCUGCAAACCGUAACAAGAUUCAGGGUCAUGCUGAAGCACACCUGUAUUCUUGGCUAACUGAGCAAAGUCCAUGGGCUGCUGCCGAGCCAUUGGAUUUGGGCUUACACAGGCCAAAGCAACAGCAAGCAGUCGCAAUUCUGACUGAGGUGUGGAAACUGGAGAUUCAGGAGCAUAUAGAGGGAAUUGGGAGAACUGUCGUCUGGCUGAAACCAGAUAUUUUCAGUCUGAUUGCCAAUCUCCAAAGCGGCAUCAUCGGGAGACUCAGCGCCGAUUUCCUGGACAAGUCAAACAAGGAAAGAAUAACUUCAAGGCCAGAAGACCAUAGGCUAAGCAUUUACGCCCGCAAGUCUACUGUUUCUACAAUUUUGGCACGACUUGACGAGAUCGUGCAGACGAUAAAAUCUCAAACGAUUUCUGUUCAGCGAGUGAAUCAAGAAAACCUAGAGACAUCAGUCUUAAUGGAGCUUGAGAAAAUAACAAAGACUGCUUUGAGGUAUAAUGCAAUCACCUCCACGCUCGAUGUAUCAUGGCUCGCCGAAACUGAUGUCUCCAACGGAAAGACAGAAGGUCCAGCUGAUAUUGUUUUGAGACUUCUCAUUGGCCGAGAAACCUCAUCACAACACGCAGAUGUUCAAAUUCUUCCGAAGACUCGACCAAAGAAGGGGGUAUUCCUGACCCAUCAGAGGGAUAAACGGGGCAUGGCUUGGAGAGAUAAGCUCCGGUACUGGUCUCGUUACGUCAAUCCUAUCGGUAAAUCGACAGAGGAGACUCAGAGUCCGGGCUUCCGCGACAGUAUCAUCCUGGAACAACCCGAAGCAUCAUCUCUCAAAGAAAAUACUGAAGUCACAGCAGUAUUUGGCCACAUACUGCACACCAGACAGGACACUCGCAAAGCUUAUCUGGCCAAAUCUCGCCGGGUCCUUUGCCCAAUUAUUCCCCAUCCUGCCGCUCUUACUUCAAUCACAGCCGACACUUCUGCUCCGAGUACCCAAAAAACAGCCAUCAUCCUCAAUUUCGCGCCUGAAAGCCCACCAGAAACCUCCCCCCCAGGCACCAAUCCUCUUGUUCGUUUACGGCUACCAAUCAACCCGUUCACUGACCUAUCCAAAUUUUCGUUCCCGGAUGCAUCAGUGUUAGAAGCAGUAAUGCCGUGGCAAGAAAGCGACAUUAUGCUCCCGGACAACAGCGUAGAUGUUCGCCUGACUCAAAAGCGACUGGUUCCUCUCGAUGCCAGUCAACAUUCUCUCCAGGCGUUUUGCCAAGCUUCCGAUUUCAACCUCCUACAAGGGCGUCUAAGAACACCCAGCAGGACCAGCUUCGCUAUCCCACGUUUUUUAACUGCUCAACAGAGCACCCCGUCAACAGAGCUAGUCGCAACGCCAUACAUGUUCAUGGGCCUUGAGAUCCAUCAAACCAUCGAUAUGGAAUGGCAGUCCCAUACCCUUCGCUACAGCAGCACUGAAGCCGGACAACAUGGCGGACAGCAGCAAAUGCUUUCCCUAGUAGCCGGCCCACCGGGCGACCAAGGUAGUGCUACCACUAAACAACAGUUACAGAGUUUCUUGAAACUGGUUGAGGAAACAGCUUGCGGAGCACAUUUUUCAUGGGAUGAAGGCUACAGACUAAUGAGUGAGCGGUCUGCCGAGCAAUUUAGUUGGGAUAUGAUGGACACGGAAUAUGCCAAGCAAGACCUUGCUAUUGCAGAAGAAACAAAACAAGGAAUUGGGCCAGACCACGUUCGCGAGGGACAAGAAGCAGGGUCUCCUGAUCAGCCUCAGCAAGAUCUUGACACCGUUCGGAUGGAGAUUGAGGUGACGGAUGAUUCUGAGACAAUCGAAUCGUUGGAUGAGACGCUUCGUAAGACGGAAUCCACGACCGACAAAUAG